GGUGAAUCGUGUUUGUGUUUCGUGAAUUUCAUGGAGUUUCCUAUAUACAUUUAGUGCUGAAGAAGCCGUCGUGGAAACAGGUCACCAUGUCUCUAGUAUCGAAAGCUUUUGAGGCGAGCAAGAUCGUGCCCGAUGUCAUCCCGACACCACCCUCUGGUAACAUCGAGUUGAAGUACCCGAGCGGCGCAGUGGCCUCCCAGGGCAACGAGCUGACUCCCACCCAGGUGAAGGAACAGCCCAGCGUCUCCUAUGAAGCCGACCCUAACGCUUUCUACACUCUUGUGUUCACUGACCCUGACAACUACGACGGACCCGAGCCGGUGUACCGCGAGUGGCACCAUUGGCUAGUCGGCAACAUUCCCGGCAGUGACGUCAGCAAGGGAGAGGUGCUGUCAGGCUACAUCGGGUCCGGCCCGCCAGAGGGCACUGGCAUCCACAGAUACGUCUACAUCCUGUACAAACAGCCAGGCAAACUUAAUUUUGAUGAAAAGAGGCUGACUAACAAAUCUAUCGACGGUCGUGCCGCAUUCUCCACGAAGAAGUUUGCAGAGAAGUACAGCCUCGGCGCGCCUGUGGCCGGCAACUUCUACCGCGCACAGUUUGACGACUAUGUCCCACUGCUGUACAAGAGCUUGGGUGUUUAAACUGAUGUCAAGUUAAUGUUAUAUGUAAAUAUUUUAUUGUUUUGUACUAAGUAUAAUAAAUUUGUGUGUGUUUAA